AAAAGCAUUUAAUGAAAAUGUUAACUCAAAAAUACCAACUACAAAUUGUGUACAAAAAAUUCCACCAAUACUUUUGCAUCAGUCAAACAUUUAUCUAAAAGAGCAACAAAAAAAACGAGUAAAAUAAAGCAGACGAAAUGUUUAUAUUAACAGUAAUUAAAUUGCUGCUCAUAGCCUUAAAUAUAUUCCCCAGUCGAUUUACAAAUCGAAGGAUUUUGUUUGUCAUCUACAUGACAAAUCUGGUGACGCACGUCAUGAUGGAUGAGCCACGCUUCGCACAGCCGAUACCAAACGUCACCGUGGCCGUGGGCCGUGAUGCCAAUCUGCCCUGUGUCGUCGAGCAUUUGGGUGGCUAUAAGGUGGCUUGGAUACACAUCGACAGGCAAAUGAUUUUGACCAUUCAUCGUCAUGUGAUAUCGCGAAUACCACGCUACAGCAUCACCUACACGGACAACACGUGGCUGUUGCACGUGAAUCAGGCGCAUCAGGAUGAUCGCGGCUACUACAUGUGUCAGGUGAACACAAAUCCCAUGAUAAGCCAAGUGGGCUAUCUGCAGGUGGUGGUGCCACCCAACAUUCUGGACAUUGAGAGCACACCGUCAUCGGUGGCUGUGCGUGAAAAUCAAAAUAUCAACAUGACAUGCCGUGCCGAUGGUUUUCCAACACCCAAAAUCAUUUGGCGUCGCGAGGAUGGCGAGGAAAUUGCCGUCGAAAAGAAGAAAAAAGGUAAAGUGCUCGUCUAUGACGGCGAUGUCCUGCCGCUAACCAAAGUCAGUCGCAAUGAGAUGGGUGCCUAUCUCUGCAUUGCCACAAAUGGAGUACCGCCAUCGGUGUCCAAGCGCAUUAUACUGGAUGUGGAGUUCUCGCCUAUGAUUUGGGUGCCGAAUCAACUUGUUGGCGCUCCAUCCGGCACAGAUGUAACCAUCGAUUGCCACACGGAGGCGCAUCCCAAAGCCAUCAUAUAUUGGGUAUACAAUUCGGUGAUGGUGUUGCCCAGCAAAAAGUACAAAACCGACUAUACGGAGAACUCUUAUCGCGCCCACAUGAAGCUGACGAUAAGGAACCUGCAAUAUGGUGACUUUGGCAACUAUCGAUGCAUCUCGAAGAACUCACUGGGGGAAACGGAAGGCUCCAUACGUGUUUACGAAAUACCUUUGCCAUCCACACCAUCCAAGCAGGUGACCCACACCACAGUCGAGUCCAGGGAGAACAAUAUCAUACCCUCAUCACGCAACGAUACAACGAAAUCCCUACAAACGGAUGUUGGAUAUGCCAUGAAGAACGAUUUAUAUCCUGGCUCUGCCUCCUCCUCAUCGGGGCCGGGUGGCAGUGCCUCGGCUGCCUCGUCAUCAUCAUCGACCUCAAUGCAGACCUCAGCCCUGCCCGGCGGUGCAUCGGGCAAUAGCCUGUCCGCAUUGGGUGGCAGCUCCAAGGGCACCCUGGCGAUAGGCAAGAGCAUGUUCUACACGGAGCGACCACCGAAUGAGUAUUCAUCAUCAGUGGCCGGACUGAUGCCACCGCACAGAGAGCUGCUGCUGCUGCUGCUCAGCUGCUGGCUAACGCUGGGAGCCGGCAUCUAUCUGGCCAUUCGGCUUUGAAAUCAAUAAAUCCUUUGAGUUACUCAAUAAGCAUUUACAAAAUGCAGCCAAAGGGGUGGGGUCUAGUCUAUCUAUCUAUCGGGGGGGAAAAGGGGUUUAGCCUAGGUAUAUAAACAUAUUUCAUAGCUGGAAAGUAUAUCAAAAGGAAAAUACCAAUAAGAAUAAUGCUUCAAACAACAGCUUGGCUCAGCGCUCACAUCCAAGCUACGAGAAUUUGUAAAAUUAUCAAA